AUGUCUUACAACGGUGGCUAUCAGCGCGACCAGCGCGACUCCUACCGAAACGGUGGUGGUGGUGGAUACUCGAAUGGCUACUCCAACGGCAACAGCAACGGCUACUCUGGUGGUGGUAGUGGUGGUGGCUAUGGAGGUGGCUACGGCGGUGGUGGCUACGGCGGCGGCUAUGGCGGUAGAGGUGGUGGCGCCGGUGGUGGUGACCGGAUGUCCAACCUCGGCGCUGGCUUGAAGAAGCAAGAAUGGGAUCUGGAUUCUCUACCCAAAUUUGAGAAGUCUUUCUACAAGGAGCACCCCGAUGUCGCCAACCGGUCUCAGCGCGAUGUUGAUGAGUUCCGUAAGAAGUUUGAGAUGUCUGUGCAAGGAAAAAACAUUCCUCGCCCCGUCGAGACCUUCGACGAGGCUGGCUUCCCCCAAUACGUGCUGAGCGAGGUUAAGGCUCAGGGUUUCGAACGCCCUACCGCUAUUCAGUCUCAGGGAUGGCCCAUGGCUCUCUCUGGUCGUGAUGUCGUUGGUAUUGCCGAGACCGGUUCCGGAAAGACCCUGUCCUACUGUCUUCCUGCUAUUGUCCACAUCAACGCUCAGCCCCUUCUUGCUCCUGGUGACGGCCCUAUCGUUCUCGUCCUCGCCCCUACCCGUGAAUUGGCAGUCCAGAUCCAGGCCGAAAUCACUAAGUUCGGAAAGUCGUCUCGCAUUCGCAACACUUGUGUGUAUGGUGGUGUCCCCAAGGGUCCCCAGAUCCGUGACUUGAGCCGCGGCGUCGAGGUCUGCAUUGCUACUCCCGGUCGUCUCAUUGAUAUGCUCGAGGCUGGCCGCACUAACCUCCGCCGUGUCACUUACCUUGUUCUUGACGAGGCCGACCGCAUGCUGGACAUGGGUUUCGAGCCACAGAUCCGCAAGAUUAUCUCCCAGAUUCGCCCUGACCGUCAGACUUGCAUGUGGUCCGCCACGUGGCCCAAGGAAGUCCGUCAGCUUGCUUCGGAUUUCCUCAAUGAUUACAUCCAAGUCAACAUCGGUUCCAUGGACCUGUCCGCUAACCACCGUAUCACGCAAAUCGUCGAGGUCGUGUCAGACUUUGAAAAGCGCGAUAAGAUGAUCAAGCACCUUGAGAAGAUUAUGGAGAACCGCGGCAACAAGUGUCUCAUUUUCACUGGUACUAAGCGUAUCGCCGACGAAAUCACUCGCUUCCUCCGUCAGGACGGAUGGCCAGCACUUUCUAUUCACGGUGACAAGCAACAACAAGAAAGAGAUUGGGUCUUGAACGAGUUCAAGACGGGCAAGAGCCCAAUCAUGGUGGCUACUGAUGUGGCUUCCCGUGGUAUCGAUGUUCGCGACAUUACUCAUGUGCUGAACUAUGACUACCCCAACAACUCGGAAGACUAUGUUCACCGUAUCGGUCGAACUGGUCGUGCCGGUGCCAAGGGUACCGCCAUCACUUUCUUUACCACUGACAACUCUAAGCAGGCUCGUGACUUGGUCACUAUCCUUACUGAGGCUAAGCAGCAGAUUGACCCCCGUCUCGCCGAGAUGGUUCGCUACAGCGGUGGUGGCGGCGGUGGCCGUGGCGGCUAUGGUCGCUGGGGUGGCCGUGGUGGUGGUCGUGGCCGCGGCGGCAACUACACUGCUUCCAAUGCCGCUCCCCUUGGAGGCAACCGCCGUUGGUAA